GAUCAUCAUUCAAACAUGGCUGCCGGCGACCCUGGAACCCUUCGGAUGAGGGAUAGGACAGUUCGUAGAAAAGGGGACCUGCUUGUGAGGCGACUUGGAGCUCCUCUUGGUGCUGACAUGAUGACAGUGUGCAGGCCAGCCAAGGGCAGCCACAUCCAGACUGAAAGCCUGAGCUACAAAUUGGCUGACAAGGUCAAGGUGGAAGGUCCAAAGGCUGGGGAAGACCCUCGAAGGCUGCCAUUUAAGUCCCCCAUUCCUUUCCCAGAGACUGAUCAGGAUUCACCCCCCAGAAGAAGCUCAUUGGAAAGUCUCAAUAACCUGAUGCUAGAGUCAAGAGUGGACUGUUUUCAGCAGAACAUGUUCAGCUCAAAUAUGAUCAUCAGCGACCCAGCUUCAGAUCUCAGCGCUAAAGAAGCCAGCAAGGCGGGCAAGAGGCAGCUCAGUGGCAUUCAGAACCCCUGCCCUCCUGCCCGAGGCGGGGCCCUGCACAAGCCCCUCAGCAUAAAGGACAAGAUAUCCGAAUGGGAAGGGAAAAAGGAGUUGCCUACUCCUGCACCCGGCAGGAAAGCAGAUGGGCAGGAGGACUACCUGAUGUCCUGUGUGAUGGGGAGGAGAAGCAGUGAUGGUGUGAGAGCAUGGGUCACGGAGGUUCAGGAUGGAACCAGGCCCGAGACAGAGAGCAAAGAAAAUGAGAGGAAUAAAGGGGUCGUGAAAGUUGGGGCACAGGAUGCAGAGCCAAGGCAAGACCUCAGCCAACCAGCCGGGCAGCUGGCACCCAGCUUGGGCAGAGCCCGAGAGCCCAGGCUGGGCAAGCAGCGCUUUCCAAACGAUAGCCUCUCCGUGCUGAGGCAGGUCAAGAAACUGGAGCAGGCUCUGAAGGAUGGGUCGGCGGGGUUGGAUCCCCAGUUACCUGGGACUUGUUACUCCCCACACUGCCUGCCAGAUAAGGCUGAGGAUGGGCCUGCCCUUCCUGAGAACCGUGGGGGCGGGCGUGGCUCGGAAUUCAGGUCCCACCACUGGGACCUGGAGGCCAGGGAGCCCACUCCUGAGGCCUCAGAGGAAAGGAAAGGCUCCUGCAGGAGGCCCUGUGACCAGAUCCUGGAGGGUGUGGACAGGAGCUCGGAGGGCUCCCCUGCAAAACCCUUCAUCAACCCCCUGCCCAAGCCCCGGAGAACGUUCAAACACGAUGGAGAAGGGGACAAGGACGGGAACCCAGGCAUCAGCUUCCAGAAGGAUAAAAGGCACCUGCCUCCUCUGCCUUCUCUACCUCCCCCGCCCCUGCCCUCCUCCCCCCCGCCCUCCUCCGUGAACAGAAGACUAUGGACCGGGAGGCCGAAACCCAGUGCUGACCACAGAAAGUCCUAUGAGUUUGAAGACUUACUGCAGUCUUCCUCUGAGAACAGCAGGGUGGACUGGUAUGCACAGACUAAGUUGGGGCUUACACGCACUUUAUCAGAGGAGAACGUCUAUGAAGACAUUCUAGAUCCGCCAAUGAAGGAAAACCCUUACGAGGACGUUGACUUACAUGGUCGCUGCCUGGGGAAGAAAUGUGUCUUGACCUUUCCUGGUUCUCCCACUUCUUCCAUUCCUGACACACCCUCCAAGCAGUCGUUGGCCAAACCUGCUUUUUUCCGGCAAAAUUCAGAGAGGAGGAACUUCAAAUUGCUGGACACCAGGAAGCUGAGUCGGGAUGGAUAUGGGUCCCCUUCCAAAAUCAGCCCCCCCUCCACCCCCAGCAGCCCUGAUGACACUUUCUUUAACCUUGGAGACCCACAGAAUGGCAGGAAGAAGAGAAAGAUACCCAAGCUGGUGUUGCGAAUCAAUGCCAUUUAUGAGGCCCGGAGAGGGAAGAAACGCGUGAAGAGGCUCUCCCAGUCCACGGAGAGCGGCUCGGGAAAAGUGACAGAUGAGAACAGUGAGUCUGACAGUGACACGGAAGAGAAGCUGAAAGCUCACAGCCAGCGCCUGGUCAAUGUGAAGUCCCGCCUGAAGCACGCUCCCAGAUACCCGUGCCUUGACCGGGAGCUCAUGGAGUACCAGCAGAGGCAGCUGUUCGAGUACUUCGUGGUCGUGUCCCUGCACAAGAAGCAGGCCGGGGCUGCGUAUGUGCCAGAACUCACCCAGCAGUUCCCUCUCAAGUUGGAAAGGUCUUUCAAGUUCAUGAGAGAGUCUGAGGACCAGCUGAAGGCUAUCCCUCAGUUCUGUUUCCCUGAUGCCAAGGACUGGACUCCUGUCCAGCAAUUUACCAGUGAAACCUUCUCAUUUGUCUUAACUGGAGAAGAUGGGAGCAGACGGUUCGGUUACUGCCGAAGACUGCUGCCUGGUGGCAAAGGGAAGCGUCUCCCUGAAGUUUACUGCAUUGUGAGCCGCCUGGGAUGCUUCAGCCUCUUUUCAAAGGUGAGGCCUCAGAGGAGGGAGGAGGGGAAGUACCCGCAGUGA